AUGCCUGAGAUACCUGAGAUACCUGAGAUGCCUGAGAUGCCUGAGAUGCCUGAGAUGCCUGAGAUGCCUGAGAUGCCUGAGAUGCCUGAGAUGCCUGAGAUGCCUGAGAUGCCUGAGAUGCCUGAGAUGCCUGAGAUGCCUGAGAUGCCUGAGAUGCCUGAGAUGCUGCCCGUGAUGCCGCCCGCAAUGCCUCGGAUUGUCGGUUAUCAGCUAUCAUCUGCUGUUCAACGAUCUCAAAUCGAGAUCGUAAGCGCCGGGUUGAGCGCUGGGAGAUAG